GAGCAGAAGGUUUAGAUUUAUGAAGGAUCUGCAGAGAGUUGUAAAUAACCCUGUAGUUUAUGAUAGAGUUAGAUUUUCUGGACCGAUUGUUGAUAUAAAACGCAUAAAAUGUAUCGGUGGUAAAGGAGGAGAUGGAGCACUUGCGUUCUCAAAACAUGGUCCACAUCGACUUAUGGGUCCGGGAUUACCCGUUGGUGGUUCAGGAGGAAGAGGAGGAAGCAUAUAUGCCGCACCAAUAACAAGAGCUGACGAGCGCUGUGAUCUCAAGUCAAUUCCUAGCAUUGUAAGAGCGCAAAACGGUUCCAAUGGCCUAGGUGGAAGAACCAGCGGAAUGACUGGAGAAGAUAUCAUACUGCGGGUUCCACUGGGUACCCUAAUUUACAAAUUUGAUCCAGUAGGGGAUUUGGAUAACUGGAGAGCCAAUUGCAAAAACUGGAAAAAGAAACUCAUAGCUGAUAUAAACUCUACAACAUAUGAAAAGGUUCUUUUAGCCCUAGGAGGGAGAGGAGGUUCUGGAAACAACAUGAAGACGCCUUAUGAAUCGGAAUCUGGAAAGGAACCUGAAGAAAACUACUAUGAAAUAGAGUUGAAAUCAAUCGCAGAUAUUGGCCUUUUGGGAUUGCCUAAUGUUGGUAAAUCUACAUUACUAUCAUCGGUAACUAGAGCGAAUGCAAAAAUUGCAGCCUAUCCAUUUACCACAUUGUCCCCUUACAUAGGAUAUAUAAAAUACACUGAUGGAGCAUCACUAUCAAUGGCUGAUUUGCCUGGAAUAGUGGAGUGUAGGCUCACUCAAGAAUUUCUCAGACACGUUGAAAGAACAAAAGCAUUACUAUAUGUAAUUGAUGCUUGUAAUCCUACCUACACUCCCAUGGAAAACUUUAUGAUACUAAGAGCACAAGUAGAAGAAUACGGAUCUGAUUUGGCCCAAAAACCGUAUGCAGUUGUCAUCUCAAAAAUGGACGUCGCAAGUGAAAGGUCCGCCAAAGUAACAGAUGAUUUCUACAGGCAGCUAAGAGACUCCGAUAUCAAAUGCAAUGUAAUACCGACAAGUGCAAAAUUGGGACUCGGCCUAUCUAAACUCGCUUGCGAGUUGAGAACUCUUGUGAAUUUAGUCGGAAUUAGCAUCGACAGCGACUGA